AUGGAUCGUGCCCAUCGUUUGGGCCAAACUCGUCAGGUCACUGUCUACCGUCUUAUCACCCGCGGCACCAUUGAAGAACGCAUUCGCAAGCGUGCCUUGCAGAAAGAAGAGGUGCAGCGUGUUGUCAUUACUGGCGGUGCUGCUGGCGGUGUUGACUUCAACACGCGUGCUCGUGAGAAUCGCACUAAGGACAUUGCCCUGUGGCUCGCCGAUGACGAAGAAGCCGAACUCAUCGAGCAAAAGGAGAAGGAAGCCAUCGAACGCGGUGAGACCCUUGGCGCUAAGGGCGGGAAGAAGGCUGCUCAGAAACGCAAGCGGGAUCUUACGCUGGAUGACAUGUAUCAUGAAGGCGAGGGUAACUUUGACGACGCCAGCGCUAAACCUUCAGGGGCCGCUACUCCCGCCGAGGAGCCUGUAGAAACACCUUCAUCGACGCCUGCAAAGCGCGGCCGCGGCCGUGGCGGCGGUAAAGGCACGUCAAAACGAGCCAAGACAACGAAAGAGCGUCUCCGUCUGAUCGACGGCGACGGCGGCCUCGAUUAA